AUGUCCACACUCUUUUCCCCGCUCGCCAUCGCCAAUGGCCGCAUCCAACUCCGCCACCGCGUUGUCAUGGCGCCCAUGACACGCAAUCGGGGUUUAUUGUUCGAGCAGACAAAAGAAACGGCCGGAGACGUGUGGCUCGCCGACGACGUUGUUGCACAGUAUUACAUCCAGCGCGCAUCUCCGGGUGGUCUGCUCAUCACUGAAGGCAUCCCGCCGUCUCUUGAAGCCUCGGGGAUGCCCCAAGUCCCCGGUCUCUUCGACGACGCACAGCAUGCCGGCUGGAAGGCUGUCGUGGAUGCUGUGCACGCCCGUGGCGGCUUUGUCUAUGCCCAAUUGUGGCACGCCGGCCGCGCCACCAUUCCGCACUUUACGGGCGGGCCGGGCACGCAUGUGUCGGCAAGCUCGGUGCCGUGGGACGAUCCUGAGGCGACCUACCCCUUCCGAACGAGGGACGCAAAGAAAGAAAAGGUGAAAUACUCCGACUUCCCCUCGACGGCCAUGACAGACGCCCACAUUGCACAGACGACGGCCGAUUUUGUACGAGCGGCACGCACCGCCCUGGCGCUCGGGUUCGAUGGGGUCGAGAUCAACGGCGGCAACGGCAACCUGCUGGACCAGUUUUUGCACUCCAACCUGAACCUGAGAGAGGACGCCUACGGCGGGUCCUUGAUGAAACGCUGCAAAUUCCCGCUCGACCUCAUUGGUGCCGUGGUCGAGGCCGCCGCCGGCGCUGGCAACGUCGGUGUCCGGCUCGAGCCCGCGGGGCUGUACCAAGGCACGAGGGGCGACGAGCGGGUCGAGACGUGGUCGUAUCUCUGUGACCAACUGGCAGAGCGGUACGGAAAGGCUGCCCCCGGCGAGACGUUGUCGUAUGUCCACUUUAUCGAGCCGCGGUUCGACCGCAUUGAUGCCGAUGCCGCCACGGCCGCAGCGUUCCGCACGUCGUGGAGCAGCACGCAGCCCGGCCUGCCCAUCUCGAACGAGCCGUUCCGCGCCAUCCUCGCCGCCGCCGGCAUCCCCUGUAUAGUCUGUGGCGGCGGGUGGACGUCGUCUCAAGACGUCGAGAGCACGACACUCAGCUCGAGGAAAUGGGACGCUGUGGCCUUUGCUCGCAUGUUUGUGAGCAACCCCGACCUGCCUGAACGGCUGCGACUCGGCAAACCGUUGGCGGCGGUUGACCGCAGCCGGUUGUAUGGCAGCUGGGACGGCGUGCGUGAGCACGGUUAUGUGGACUAUCCGACGUGGGUGGAAGAGGAGGAAGCCAAGGCAAAACAAGAAACAGGGUGA